CACUUGCUAUAGUCGCCACGGCUGACUGCAGACAGUUGAUGUGCGCUAAUUGGCGAUAGCACAUGUAUUCUUAGCCAAGAGCCAGCGGUAAAGUAAUGGCCACAGCAGGAGUCAGCAUUGAGUUUACCAGCAAGUGCGCAGUGAAGCACAAUGAGCAGCUGGGCAGAUAUGUGGUGGCCAGCUGCAAUAUUAAAGAGGGCGAGACUGUGCUGCUGGAGCAGCCGCUGCUGGUGCUGCCUAAUUUGGGUGAAAGGCGCUGCUGCAGCUGUCAUCAUCUGACGACCAGAUACUGUGGCAAGUGUCAACUGUUGCCGUUAUGCGAGGAAUGCACAUCGCACGAGCAGCUGGACUGUCAGCGUCUGGCCAAGCUGCAGUUGACGCCGCAGCAGCUGGAGCAGCUGCAGGCAAGUCCUGAAGUAAUCGGCGCCUUGAAGUUUCUGCUGUUACGUGAGCAUGCGGAGACGCAGCAGCAGUUCGCGGAAGUAAUGCAAAUGGAGGCACACCUGGAGCUGCGGCGAAGCACAGACAUCUGGCGCAGCUACCAAGAGCUAGUCAUAGCACCAUUAGAAGCUAGCGGUGUGCUGACGCAGUUGCGCAAUAGAACAGAGUUGACAGCUGAGCUCUUGCAGCGCCUGCUGGGCACAGCGGACAUUAAUGCGUUUGAGAUACGUGCGCCGGAGCAGGGUGGUGCCAUGCGUGGACUCUAUGUGCGUGGAGCGCUGUUUGCGCACAGCUGUUUACCGAAUGUGGUGACGGCCAUUGAUGGUGUCAGCAUAAAGGUUUAUGCCAAUCGCAACAUAGCCGCAGAUGAGAUGCUCUACAACUGUUAUACCAAUGUCUUGCUUGGCACGGAGGAGCGGCGUCAUAUACUCAAGACAGGCAAGUGCUUUGACUGCCAAUGCGCACGUUGUGCUGAUCCCACAGAGCUGGGCACACAUCUCAGUAGCUUCGUGUGCAAUAAAUGUCCCAAGGGCUUUGUUGUGCGGCAGCCAGAUUCCGGCGCUUGGCAGUGUUUGCUUAAUGCGGAGCAUACCCUGAAACCAGAAUUUGUAGCCAGUAUACUGGAGCGUGCUAAGGAGGAGAUAUUCCAUUCUCGUGAAGAUAUCUAUAGACUAGAGCUGCUGCUGGCCAAGCUUUCACGCAUAUUGCAUGCUAACCAUUAUGUUAUGUUGGAUCUGAAGCAAAAUAUUGCCUCCAUUCUGCGCCAGAUAUUGCAGAAUAUGUCGCAUCGUCCCAGUUGCAAGGUCUAUGAACGCAAAAUACGCCUAUGCCAGGAGAUACUGCUCGUCUUAAAGAUCAUUACACCAGGCAUAUCGCGUCUCAAGGCAAUUGCUCUGUACGAACUGGCCAACACCCAAGCUGAAUUGGCGCGCAAGCUUUAUGCUGAACAGGAACAGCAGGCUGACGAUUUACUGUUGGAACUGCAGCAGACAGAGGUUAUGAUGCGCGAGGCAUUGCGGAUGCUACUUUUUGAACCCAUUUCAUCUCCGGAAGGUCAACUGGCACGCAGCAUGUUAAGAGAUCUAAAAGAGUUGCAAAAUGACAUGAAAUUGCUGCAGCAGACUGACGAAGAAUUAAGCAACUAACAAUUUUGCCAAGUCAAUUUUUACUUUCACUAGUGUACAAGAGUUUAAAAAUUGAAUUAAAUUUCUGUUACUUAAUUAUCGGUAAUAGUUGUUAUCGUCAAUAGUGGCGGCAUGUCGAUAAAAAUUGGCUG